ACAACUGUGCCUGACACAUCCACAAAACUAGCUAUAGAUACCACAACAACUGUGCCAGACACAUCCACAAUAUCGGCUACAUAUACCACAACAGCUGUGCCUGACACAUCUACAAAAUCAGCUACAGACACCACAUCAACUGUGCCUGAAACAUCCAAAAAAUCAGCUACAGACACUACAUCAACUGUGCUUGACACAUCCACAAAAGCGGCCACAGGUACCACAACAACUGUCUCUAAAACAUCCACAAUAUCAGCUACACAUACCACAACAACUGUGCCUGACACAUCCUCAAUAUCAGCUACGGAUACCACAACAACUGUGGCUGACACAUCCACAAAAUCAGCUAUAGAUACCACAACAACUGUGCCUGACACAUCCAGAAAAUCAGCUACAGACACCACAACAACUGUGCCUGACACAUCCACAAAACUAGCUACAGGGACCACAACAGCUGUGCCUGACACAUCCACAAAAUCAGCUACAGAUACCACAACAACUGAGCCUGACACAUCCACAAAACUGUCUACAGUCACCACAACAUCUGUGCCCGAAAAAUCCACAAAAUCAGCUACAGAUACCACAACAACUGUGCCUGACACAUCCACAAAAUCAGCCACAGACACCACAACAACUGUUCCUGAUACAUCCACAAAGUUAGCUACAGAUACCACAACAACUGUGCCUGACACAUCCUCAAUAUCAACUUCACAUACCACAACAACUUUGCCUGAUACAUCCACAAAACUGGCUACAGACACCACAACAAUUGUGGCUGAUAUAUCCACAAAAUCAGCUACAGUAACGACAACAACUGUGCCUGACACAUCCACAAUAUCAGCUACAGACACCACAACAACUGUGCCUGACACAUCCACAAAAAUAGCUACAGAUACCACAACAACUGUGCCUGACACACCCUCAAUAUUAGCUACAGUCACCACAACAACUGUGCCUGACACAUCCACAAAAGUGGCCACAGGUACCACAACAACUGUCUCUAAAACAUCCACAACAUCAGCUACACAUACCGCAACAACUGUGCCUGAUACAUUCUCAAUAUCAGCUACAGAUACCACAACAACUGUGCCUGACACAUCCACAAAAUCAGCUAUAGAUACCACAACAACUGUGAUAGACACAUCCACAAAACUAGCUACAGGGACCACAACAGCUGUGGCUGACACAUCCACAAUAUCAGCUACAGAUACCACAACAACUGUGCCUGACACAUCCACAAUAUCAGCUACGGAUACCACAACAGCUGUGGCUAAGACAUCCACAAAACCAGCUACAGAUACCACAACAACUGUUCCUGAUACAUCCACAAAAUCAGCUACAAACACCACAACAACUGUGCCUGACACAUCCACAAAACUAGCUAUAGAUACCACAACAACUGUGCCAGACACAUCCACAAUAUCGGCUACAUAUACCACAAAAGCUGUGCCUGACACAUCUACAAAAUCAGCUACAGACACCACAAUAGCUCCUCCUGACACAUCUGCAAUGUCAGCUACAGAUACCACAACAACUGUGGCUGACACAUCCACAAUGUCAGUUACAGACACCACAACAACUGUGCCUGACACAUCCACAAAAAUAGCUACAGAUACCACAACAACUGUCCCUGACACAUCCACAAAAUCAGGUACAGGUACCACAACAUCUGUGGCUGACACAUCCACAAUAUCAGCUACACAUACCACAACAACUGUGCCUGACACAUCCACAAAACUGUCUAGAGACACCACAACAUCUGUGCCCGACAAAUCCACAAAAUCAGCUACAGAUACCACAACAACUGUACCUGACACAUCCACAAAAUCAGCCACAGACACCACAACAACUUUUCCUGACACAUCCACAAAAUCAGCUACAGACACCACAACAGGUCCUCCUGACACAUCUGCAAUGUCAGCUACAGAUACCACAACAAUUGUGCCUGACACAUCCUCAAUAUCAGCUACAGUAACCACAACAACUGUGCCUGACACAUCCACAAAAGUGGCCACAGAUACCACAACAACUGUGCCUGACACAUCCACAAUAUCAGCUACGGAUACCAUAACAACUGUGGCUAAGACAUCCACAAAAGCAGCUAUAGAUACCACAACAACUGUUCCUGACUCAUCCACAAAUCUAGCUAUAGAUACCACAACAACUGUGCCAGACACAUCCACAAUAUCGGCUACAUAUACCACAACAGCUGUGCCUGACACAUCUACAAAAUCAGCUACAGACACCACAACAGCUCCUCCUGACACAUCUGCAAUGUCAGCUACAAAUACCACAACAACUGUGCCUGACACAUCCACAAAAUCAGCUACAGAUACCACAACAACUGUGCCUGACACAUCCACCAAAUCAGCUUCAGAUACCACAACAACUGUCCCUGACACAUCCACAAAAUCAGCUACGGAAACCACAACAACUGUGCCUGACACAUCUACAAUGUCAGCUACAGACACCACACCAACUGUGCCUGACACAUCCACAAAAUCAGCUACAGAUACCACAACAACUGUGCCUGACACAUCCUCAAUAUCAGGUACAGUCACCACAACAACUGUGCCUGACACAUCCACAAAAGUAGCCACAGACACCACAACAUCUGUGCCCGACAAAUCCACAAAAUCAGCUACAGAUACCACACCAACUGUGCCUGACACAUCCACCAAGUUAGCUAUAGGUUCUGCAACAACUGUGCCUGACACAUCCGCAAAAUUAGCUACAGAUACCACAACAGCUGUGCCUGACAUAUCCACAAAAUCAUUCACAGAUACCACAACAACUGUGCCUGACACAUCCACAAAAAUAGCUACAGAUACCACAACAACUGUGCUUGACACAUCCUCAAUAUCAGCUACAGUCACCACAACAACUGUGCCUGACACAUCUGCAAAAAUGGCCACAGCAAUAGAUACCUCAACCACUGUGCCUGACACAUCCGCAAAAGCAGCUACAGAUACCACAACAACUGUUCCUGACAUAUCCACAAAAUCAGCUACAGAUACCACAACAACUGUGCCUGACACAUCCACAAUAUCGGUUACAUAUACCACAACAACUGUGCCUGACACAUCCACAAAACUAGCUAUAGAUACCACAACAACUGUGCCUGAGACAACCACAAAAUCAGGUACAGACACCACAACAGCUCCUCCUGACACAUCUGCAAUGUCAGCUACACAUACCACAACAACUGUGCCUGACACAUCCACAAAAUCAGCUACAGAUACCACAACAACUGUGCCUGACACAUCCACCAAAUCAGCUACAGAUACCACAACAACUGUCCCUGACACAUCCACAAAAUCAGGUACAGGUACCACAACAUCUGUGGCUGACACAUCCACAAUAUCAGCUACAGAUACCACAACAACUGUGGCUGAGACAUCCACAAAACCAGUUACAGAUACCACAACAACUAUUCCUGACACAACCACAAAGUUAGCUACAGAUACCACAACAACUCCGCCUAACACAUCUACAAAAUCAACCAUACUUACCACAACACCUAUGCCUGACACAUCCACCAAGUUAGCAACAGGUUCCGCAACAACUGUGCCUGACACAUCUACAAGAUCAUCUACAGAUUCCACAACACCUGUGACUGAGACAUCCACAAAGUUAGCUACAGAUACCACAACACCUGUGGCUGAGAUAUCCUCAAAAUCAGCUACAGAUGCCACACCAACUGUGCCUGACACAUCCACCAAGUUAGCUACAGGUUCCGCAACAACUGUGCCUGACACAUCCCCAAAAUCAGCUACAGAUACCACAACAGCUGUGCCUGACACAUCCACAAAAUCAUUCUCAGAUAUCACAACAAAUGUGCCCGACACAUCCACAAAAAUAGCUACAGAUACCACAUCUACUGUGCCUGACACAUCCUCAAUAUCAGCUACGGAUACCACAACAACUGUGCCUGACACAUCUACAAUGUCAGCUACAGAAACCACAACAACUGUGCCUGACACAUCCACAAAAAUAGCUACAGACACGACAAUAACUGUGCAUGACACAUCCACACCAUCGGCUACAGAUUCCACAACAACUGUGCCUGACACAUCUACAAAAUCAGCUACAGAUACCACAACAACUGUGCCUGACUCAUCCUCAAAACCAGCUACAGACACGGCAACAACUAUGCCUGACACAUCAACAAUAUCAGCUACAGAUACCACAACAACUGUGCCUGACACAUCCACAAAAUCAGCUACAGACACCACAUCAACUGUGGCUGACACAUCCACAAAAUCAGCUACAGAUACCACAACAACUGUACACAUCCACAAUAUCAGCUACAAAUACCACAACGACUCUACACAUACCACAACAACUGUUCCUGACACAUCCACAAAAUCAGCUACAGACACCACAACAGCUUCUCCUGACACAUCUGCAAUGUCAGCUACAGAUACCACAACAACUGUGCCUGACACAUCCACAAAAUCAGGUACAGGUACCACAACAUCUGUGCCCGACACAUCCACAAUAUCAGCUAUAGAUACCACAACAACUGUGCCUGACACAUCCACAAAACUGUCUACAGACACCACAACAUCUGUGCCCGACAAAUCCACAAAAUCAGCUACAGAUACCACAACAACUGUGCCUGACACAUCCACAAAAUUAGCUAUAGAUACCACAACAACUGUGCCUGACACAUCCAGAAAAUCAGCUACAGAUACCACAACAACUGUGCCUGACACACCCACAAAACUAGCUACAGAUACCACAACAACUGUUCCUGACACAUCCUCAAUAUCAGCUACAGAUACCACAACAACUGUGCCUGACACAUCCACAAUGUCAACAUCCACAAAAUCAGGUACAGACACCACAACAGCUCCUCCUGACACAUCUGCAAUGUCAGCUACAGAUACCACAACAACUGUGCCUGACACAUCCACAAAAUUAGCUACAGAUACCACAGCAACUGUGCCUGACACAUCCACCAAAUCAGCUACAGAUACCACAACUGUCCCUGACACAUCCACAAAAUCAGGUACAGGUACCACAACAUCUGUGGCUGACACAUCCACAAUAUUAGCUACAGAUACCACAUCAUCUGUGCCUGACACAUCCACAAAUUUGUCUACAGACACCACAACAUCUGUGGCUGACAAAUCCUCAAAAUCAGCUACAGAUACCACAACAACUGUGCCUGACACAUCCACAAAAUCAGCCACAGACACCACAAAAACUGUUCCUGAUACAUCCACAAAGUUAGCUACAGAUACCACAACAACUCCGCCUGACACAUCCACAAAAUCAACUAUACUUACCACAACACCUAUGCCGGACACAUCCACCAAGGUAGCAAUAGGUUCCGCAACAACUGUGCCUGACACAUCUACAAAAUCAUCUACAGAUUCCACAACACCUGUGACUGAGACAACCACAAAAUUAGCUACAGAUACCACAACACCUGUGGCUGAGAUAUCCUCAAAAUCAGCUACAGAUACCACACCAACUGUGCCUGACACAUCCACCAAGUUAGCUACAGGUUCCGCAACAACUGUGCCUGACACAUCCCCAAAAUCAGCUACAGAUACCACAACAGCUGUGCCUGACAUAUCCACAAAAUCAUUCACAGAUACCACAACAACUGUGCCUGACACAUCCACAAAAAUAGCUACAGAUACCACAACUACUGUGCCUGACACAUCCUCAAUAUCAGCUACAGAAACCACAACAACUGUGCCUGACACAUCUACAAUGUCAGCUACAGACACCACACCAACUGUACCUGACACAUCCACAAAAUCAGCUACAGAUACCACAACAACUGUGCCUGACACAUCCUCAAUAUCAGCUACAGUCACCACAACAACUGUGCCUGACACAUCCACAAAAGUGGCCACAGGUUCCACAACAACUGUCUCUAAAACAUCCACACUAUCAGCUACACAUACCACAACAACUGCGCCUGAUACAUCCACAAAACUGGCUACAGACACCACAACAACUGUGGCUGAUAUAUCCACAAAAUCAGCUACAGUCACCACAACAACUGUGCCUGACACAUCCACAAUAUCAGCUACAGUUACCACAACAACUGUUCUGGACACAUCCACAAUAUCAGCUACGGAUACCAUAACAACUGUGGCUGAGACAUCCACAAAAGCAGCUAUAGAUACCACAACAACUGUUCCUGACACAUCGACAAAAUCAGUUACAGACACCACAACAACUGUGCCUGACACAUCCACAAAACUAGCUAUAGAUACCACAACAACUGUGCCAGACACAUCCACAAUAUCGGCUACAUAUACCACAACAGCUGUGCCUGACACAUCUACAAAAUCAGCUAUAGACACCACAGCAGCUUUUCCUGACACAUCUGGAAUGUCAGCUACGGAUACCACAACAACUGUGCCUGACACAUCCACAAAAUCAGCUACAGAUACCACAACAACUGUGCCUGACACAUCCACCAAAUCAGCUACAGAUACCACAACAACUGUCCCUGACACAUCCACAAAAUCAGGUACAGGUACCACAACAUCUGUGCCUGACACAUCCACAAUAUCAGCUACAGAUACCACAUCAACUCUGCCUGACACAUCCACAAAUUUGUCUACAGACACCACAACAUCUGUGCCCGACAAAUCCACAAAUUCAGCUACAGAUACCACAACAACUGUGCCUGACACAUCCACAAAAUCAGCCACAGACACCACAACAACUGUUCCUGAUACAUCCACAAAGUUAGCUACAGAUACCACAACAACUCCGCCUAACACAUCCACAAAAUCAACUAUACUUACCACAACACCUAUGCCUGACACAUCCACCAAGUUAGCAACAGGUUCCGCAACAACUGUGCCUGACACAUCUACAAAAUCAUCUACAGAUUCCACAACACCUGUGACUGAGACAUCCACAAAGUUAGCUACAGAUACCACAACACCUGUGGCUGAGAUAUCCUCAAAAUCAGCUACAGAUGCCACACCAACUGUGCCUGACACAUCCACCAAGUUAGCUACAGGUUCCGCAACAACUGUGCCUAACACAUCCCCAAAAUCAGCUACAGAUACCACAACAGCUGUGCCUGACACAUCCACAAAAUCAUUCACAGAUAUCACAACAACUGUGCCCGACACAUCCACAAAAAUAGCUACAGAUACCACAUCUACUGUGCCUGACACAUCCACAAUAUCAGCUACGGAUACCACAACAACUGUCCCUGACACAUCUACAAUGUCAGCUACAGACACCACAACAACUGUGCCUGACACAUCCACAAAAAUAGCUACAGACACGACAAUAACUGUGCCUGACACAUCCACACCAUCGGCUACAGAUUCCACAACAACUGUGCCUGACACAUCUACAAAAUCAGCUACAGAUACCACAACAACUGUGCCUGACUCAUCCUCAAAACCAGCUGCAGACACGACAACAACUAUGCCUGACACAUCAACAAUAUCAGCUACACAUACCACAACAACUGUGCCUGACACAUCCACAAAAUCAGCUACAGACACCACAUCAACUGUGGCUGACACAUCAAGAAAAUCAGCUACAGAUACCACAACAACUGUGCCUGACACAUCCACAAUAUCAGCUACAGAUACCACAACAACUGUGGCUGAGACAUCCACAAAACCAGCUACAGAUACCACAACAACUAUUCCUGACACAACCACAAAAUCAUCUACAGACACCACAACAACUGUGCCUGACACAUCCACAAAACUGUCUACAGACACCACAACAUCUGUGCCCGACAAAUCCACAAAAUCAGCUACAGAUACCACAACAACUCCGCCUGACACAUCCACAAAAUCAACUAUACUUACCACAACACCUAUGCCUGACACAUCCACCAAGUUAGCAACAGGUUCCGCAACAACUGUACCUGACACAUCUACAAAACCAUCUACAGAUUCCACAACACCUGUGAUUGAGACAUCCACAAAAAUAGCUACAUAUACCACAACACCUGUGGCUGAGAUAUCCACAAAAUCAGCUACAGAUACCACACCAAGUGUGCCUGACACAUCCACCAAGUUAGCUACAGGUUCCGCAACAACUGUGCCUGACACAUCCCCAAAAUCAGCUACAGAUACCACAACAGCUGUGCCUGACAUAUCCACAAAAUCAUUCACAGAUACCACAACAACUGUGCCUGACACAUCCACAAAAAUAGCUACAGAUACCACAACUACUGUGCCUGACACAUCCUCAAUAUCAGCUACGGAAACCACAACAACUGUGCCUGACACAUCUACAAUGUCAGCUACAGACACCACACCAACGGUGACUGACACAUCCACAAAAUCAGCUACAAAUACCACAACAACUGUGCCUGACACAUCCUCAAUAUCAGCUACAGUCACCACAACAACUGUGCCUGACACAUCCACAAAAGUGGCCACAGGUUCCACAACAAUUUUCUCUAAAACAUCCACAAUAUCAGCUACACAUACCACAACAACUGUGCCUGAUACGUCCACAAAACUGGCUACAAACACCACAACAACUGUGGCUGAUAUAUCCACAAAAUCAGCUACAGUCACCACAACAACUGUGCCUGACACAUCCACAAUAUCAGCUACAGUUACCACAACAACUGUUCUGGACACAUCCACAAAAUCAGCUACGGAUACCAUAACAACUGAGGCUGAGACAUCCACAAAAGCAGCUUUAGAUACCACAACAACUGUUCCUGACACAUCCACAAAAUCAGUUACAGACACCACAACAGCUGUGCCUGACACAUCUACAAAAUCAGCUAUAGACACCACAGCAGCUCCUCCUGACACAUCUGGAAUGUCAGCUACGGAUACCACAACAACUGUGCCUGACACAUCCACAAAAUCAGCUACAGAUACCACAACUGUGCCUGACACAUCCACCAAAUCAGCUACAGAUACCACAACAACUGUGCCUGACACAUCCACAAAAAUAGCUACAGACACGACAAUAACUGUGCCUGAAACAUCCACACCAUCGGCUACAGAUUCCACAACAACUGUGCCUGACACAUCUACAAAAUCAGCCACAGAUACCACAACAACUGUGCCUGACUCAUCCUCAAAACCAGCUACAGACACGACAACAACUAUGCCUGACACAUCAACAAUAUCAGCUACAGAUACCAAAACAACUGUGCCUGACACAUCCAUAAAAUCAGCUACAGACACUACAUCAACAGUGGCUGACACAUCCACAAAAUCAGCUACAGAUACCACAACAACUGUGCCUGACACAUCCACAAUAUCAGCUACAGAUACCACAACAACUGUGGCUGAGACAUCCACAAAACCAGUUACAGAUACCACAACAACUAUUCCUGACACAACCACAAAAUCAUCUACAGACACCACAACAACUGUGCCUGACACAUCCACAAAACUGUCUACAGACACCACAACAUCUGUGCCCGACAAAUCCACAAAAUCAGCUAUAGAUACCACAACAACUCCGCCUGACACAUCCACAAAAUCAACUAUACUUACCACAACACCUAUGCCUGACACAUCCACCAAGUUAGCAACAGGUUCCGCAACAACUGUGUUUGACACAUCUACAAAACCAUCUACAGGUUCCACAACACCUGUAACUGAGACAUCCACAAAAUUAGCUACAGAUACCACAACACCUGUGGCUGAGAUAUCCACAAAAUCAGCUACAGAUACCACACCAAGUGUGCCUGACACAUCCACCAAGUUAGCUACAGGUUCCGCAACAACUGUGCCUGACACAUCCCCAAAAUCAGCUACAGAUACCACAACAGCUGUGAAUGACAUACCCACAAAAUCAUUCACAGAUACCACAACAACUGUGCCUGACACAUCCACAAAAAUAGCUACAGAUACCACAACUACUGUGCCUGACACAUCCUCAAUAUCAGCUACGGAAACCACAACAACUGUGCCUGACACAUCCACAAUGUCAGCUACAGACACCACACCAACUCUACAGUUACCACAACAACUGUUCUGGACACAUCCACAAUAUCAGCUACGGAUACCAUAA